GAAACAAUAAAGAAAUCGGUGAAUGAGCAUAAUUGAAAAAAGCGCAAAUUAUUUUAAAAGCAGCCGAAAAAAACAAAGAAAAUUAAAAUCUAAAUGACGAAAAUGAGACCUACAGAGGUAAAACUUAACAAUGCUCCAGAAGAUUUAAUAUCCACAGUAAGAUUUGGACCAAAAUCCAAUCAAUAUCUUAUUGCAUCAUCCUGGGAUGGUACCGUGCGUUUCUAUGAUGUAGUAAACAAUGCGGUUAGACAGAAAUUUGUGCAGGGAGCGCCGGUAUUGGAUGUAACAUUUAUGGAUGUUGUGCAUGUGGUUAGUGGCUCGCUGGACAAUCAUUUGCGUUUAUAUGACGUUAAUACCCAUACCGAAAAUAUUGUAGGGUCACAUGAUGAAGCCAUACGUUGUGUGGAAUAUGCUGAAUCGGUGAAUGGUAUUUUAACUGGUAGUUGGGACAAAACUAUAAAACUAUGGGAUAUGCGCGAAAAACGCUGUGUCGGCACUUAUGAACAGGGCAAUGGAAAAGUCUAUUCCAUGUCGGUGAAUGAUGAAAAAAUAGUGGUGGCUACCUCAGAUCGCAAGGUUUUGAUAUGGGAUUUGCGUAAAAUGGAAGAAUACAUGAUGAAAAGAGAAUCAUCAUUGAAAUACCAAACACGUUGCAUACGUCUAUUCCCCAACAAAGAAGGCUAUGUGAUGUCCUCAAUUGAGGGACGUGUAGCCGUUGAAUAUUUAGAUCCCGAUCCAGAGGUUCAAAAGCGUAAAUUUGCCUUUAAGUGUCACCGCAAUAAGCAGGAUACCAUCGAACAUAUUUAUCCCGUAAAUGCGAUUAGUUUUCAUAAUGUUUACAAUACCUUUGCGACCGGCGGCUCUGAUGGUUAUGUCAAUAUCUGGGAUGGUUUUAACAAAAAACGUCUAUGUCAAUUUCAUGAGUAUGAUACAUCGAUUUCAUCGCUUAACUUCAGUCAUGACGGUAGUACAUUGGCUAUUGCUUGUUCAUAUAUGGAUGAAUUGGACGUGCCACCAGCUAGUGUACCCAAUCCAGUGAUUUAUGUGCGUUAUGUUACUGACCAGGAAACGAAACAAAAAUAAGCAAUGUGUUUUUACUAUGUUAUACCGCUAAGAAAUUUUUUAUUAAGAUAAAUAAAAUUUAACGAAAAAAUAAAA